AUGCGUCUUUCCCUCGAUCGCCUUAUUCUUGUCCUCGUCAUCCUCGUUUCCCCCGCUACAGCGAUUGGCGCAUCAUGCUUCAAAGUCGUCUCCGCACUUGUCGGCCGACCCGGCCAUCUCUUCGAUAAAUUCCAGAGUGAAAUUUGCUCCGCUGGAUGUCAACCGACUGUUCCUCACUGGGAUCUCUGGACGCGCAAUAACACUUUCGUCCCCGCUGUGCGCAGUUUGAUGCACCGCAUGAACGUCCCCCACAAGGAAGAGGCACUAUUGAAGAUGGGCGACGAUGUCGCACUUACUAUCAAGGAACGCUGUGGACCAAUGCUAGGUGGUGGGAUACAUAUUUGCUCAGAUGAAAAGACCUUGGCUGAGUUCGGAAACUGCUUCAAGCGCAAUUUUCUCAAGGCUUCGAUCAAGCAUCUCCCAACUUUGAUCCCAAUGGCUUCUAACGAAGCUUGCAAGGAACAACUCACAUUCUUAGAAGGCGAUGAGCUGUGGGAAGAGAUAAUUCCUCAAAACAUGAGAGAUUAUGCUAAGGUGUGCGAUACAUUGGGGCCAUUCGAUCAUGACGAGUUGUGA